CAACCCCAAAACCUCUCCUUCUCUCUCUCUCUCCCACUCUAUCUAUCUCUCUGUCUUGUGAAUUUGCACUGUACAGCUCGCUUUCUUUCUGGGUCUUUGUCUGUUUCUUUCUCACACACUUCUUAUCUCUCUAUCUCUGUGUGUGUGUGUCUAGCUUGUUCCUGUUUGUGUUGUUUAAUAAUCUAUCAAGUGUAAUGGAACCUGCAAAAAUAGAUUGGAAAAACUUGGAAUGGAGAUUUGUAGAGGACAAAGCCUACGAGCAGAUCAACGCUCCCAAGUGGUUCGAUUUCUUGAACCCCAAUGACAACCUCGUCGACGACCACGCCUGGUUUUGCACACCUGAAUGCAAUCACCCAAAGACGGCUGAAGAUUUUCUCAGAUCCUCACCUUUCAAGGUUCCGAGCCCAUCUGAUGCUUCUGGGGUCUCUCCGCUUGGUGAUAAAUUCCAAAGAGAUGUGAAAUUGAAAAGAAGAGGGCUCACCAACUCUUCAGUUCAUCCAAUGAAUAAUAAUUCAAGAUUCAAGGAGGAUAGUGAAAAUCAGAACCCCAACCUAUCAACCCCUCCAAAUUAUCAGGCUAAGGCCAUGAAGGAAGCAAUGAAAUCAAGUACAGAGAAGAAGCAACCAACUGACACUGCUCCACAGAACAAUGAGGUGCUCCCCAGGCUGAAAAGCACGCUGUCGGCAAGGAACUUAUUCGCAGGAAAGGAGAUUCUGAAUCAGAUCACUGACUUCUGCAGCGAAUUGAAGAGAAUGGCGACGGCGAGAGCAAAGGAGAGAGAGGAAGUGGAGAAAGGUGUGGUGAAAAACAAGGAAGAAGAGGUGAAGCAGGUGGAGUCUAAUGGGGAGUUGAAUGGGAGGGAAAGAGAGAGAAUGCCAUUGCUUGAAUUGGGUAAAGGGAAAACAGAAACAAUGGUGAAGGAGGAGGAGUGUAAUGGCGAAGUUGGGGGUGAGGUGAAUGGGAAGCAAAGGGAAAGAAUGCCAUUGAUGGAUGCGAAUAAAGGGAAAACUGAAGGAUUUGAGGGGAGAAUUUUAAAGGAGGGAAAGAGGAUUAAGAAAAGAGUUGACAAUGCAGAGAACAUUCCAGUCUCUUUAAAUUUGGAGAGUGUAAAGCGUCAAGGGGGAGAGCACUUGUUGCAAAUCCGGACCAACCCUCCCUCUCCUCAAUGCUUUUCUGCUACAAGGCCCCCCAGCAAAAUCACACCUUCAAAAGCUUCGAAGUCCAAACUGAUGGAAAAGGGGGGAAUCCUUCAAGGGCCGACCAACAAACAAGUGAUCGCCACGGGUGAUUCUAAACAAGUAAUCACCAAGGAUGAUUCUAAACAAGUGAUAACCAAGGAUGAUUCCACAGAAAAAGCCAAAAGCGUUUAUAUUGCUGAUGGAAAAGAAGCAAGAACCUUGGACGUUUUCUGGUUUUUAAAACCUUGCACACUGUCUACCUAAAGUGGUUAAGAUUGAUUAAGAAAUUCAUAUUCAUUAUAUCUUUUAUUUCCAGUACCAUUCAUUCAUUCUUUUACAUUGUAGCUUCUAGUAACCAUUUGCUCUUCUUUUACAUAAAAGCAUCUAGAUUUAUUUUGUUCUUGAUUACUAUAGAGAUGAAUAAAUGUAAAUGUAAUGUAAUAACUGCCCCCUAAGAAUUGAAUUAGGGUAAUAUGAAUAAAGUUUCAAUUUUAAACAUUCUGGUACUGUUUU